CGCCAUUUGAAACCAAGUGUGAUCAACGGUUGGAAUUUUAACGUUAAAAGUCCUGAAAUAAUUGCGAUAAUUACCUCAAUAAUUAAAAAAAACUAAAUAAAUCUUUAUAAUUGAAUGUUAUAAAUUUAUACGAUUGUUUUAAGAUGUUUCGAACAAAAACAUCUGUUGAUCGUCAUGUCCAAGAAUUGUUUCGUAAAAUCACUGAUGAAAAGGAGAGAUCUCUCCGUUGUUACAACAUAGCCAAGCUGUACUACCAAGUAGGUGAUUUCGAGUCAGCUCGCAGGUACGUGUCAAACUAUCUCGAACUAAAAGUAGAGUCAGCAGGAGCCUACAAACUACUAGCUCAAAUCUACGAAGCCUUAGGCCAAAAAGAAUCAGCUCUAGCACAAUACCAGCUCUCACUCGAGCUAGACGCUCGCCAAGAUGAUUUAAUCCUAAAAGUCUGCGAGUUGUUAAUCGACGUGGAUAUCAGCUUAGACAUCAACCGCAUAAAGUACUGGGUGGACCGAGCAGGCGAAAAGUUUCCGCACCAUCAAAUAGUAUUCCAAUUAAAAGAGAAAAUGUUAUCCUCCGAUCGUUCUGGAAUUGAUGACGACCUUGAAGGUCUAAUUAUUUCCGAAUUAUCCACCCGUCCAUCAGACGUAAUGUUGCGGGUUAAAUUAUUGAAGCAUUACGUCGCUAAAAAUCGGAUUGAUGACGCUUACCGGCACGCAAUUGAAGCCGAAGCUAAUUACAUCUACCGCGACAAUCUCCAGUGGUACGAAACUCUGGUUGAUGUUCUGUCAAUCUACAGAGAGACUAAUACAUUCAACCAAUCAUUCUGGAUUAAUUAUCUCGCAUCUUGGGAGAGAUUCGCUGCGUUAUCUUGCAAAGAAGGAGAAAAAGCUAAAACAAUCCCCGAAGCGACUCAGAUUAUUCUCAAUUUUGAUUCUGCCUUGUAUGAAGUCAAGCACCAGACUCAUCAAAGCUCUAGUUUCAUUGAUCAAAUGUUCCAUCACAUGUGGGGCCAGCUGCAUUAUCAUCUAGCUUGUCUGCUGUUGCGUAAAGCUAAGCGCGAGCAAAAAAACUGGAUUGAAACUGCAAGACUCAGCAGUCCGUUGUUACUCAGUGCGUUUCAUACUUCUCCGAUUGACCUGACUGGUUCCUGGGCUGCUAACUUGAAAGGUUCUUCAAAAACACUGGCGAGCUUGUGGCGCAAAGAAGGUUGUUAUCGUUGCAGCCAAGCUGCUCACGUCUUACAAGAUUACGCGCGCGACAAUCCCAAAAAACUAAUGGACAAAAUAGAAGAAUUCAUGAACAAUUCUUGGCGCGAAAAUAUCUACCGUAAAAUAUUUAACAAAACUCACGAAAUAACCAAUUCAUACUUUGUCAAAAAUUCCGGUCAGAAUCCCCCAUUGAGGCUCUUGUCCUCCAACGAAUUAAAGCAGUACGACGAAGAGUCAAAAGAAGUGUACCCAGAUUCGCUUCAUCACCAUGUAUGGUUAGGAAUUGUUAACAAACCUCGUCUAAAAUCCAACGAAGAUCUAGGACCUUACCCCAACGAAUACUCCCACGUGUUUCCCAAUUUACAAUUGUCGGUUUAUAAUCUAAGCCAAGCUUCCCCCGAUAGUUUAGGAGUUCUAGAUAUCGAUGCGUUUUUAAACGCCACUAUCCUGUGCUCGCUAAAGAUAGUCGAAGAGCAGCAAAAGAACGGGUUAUUGUCGCCCGAAAGAAUGCCAACUUUACCAGCAGACUUGACUACUAGUCUCUGUAGCUCGGUUCAGGAAAAAUGGUGGUUAUAUGCUUACAAAAUCUACCGAAGGUCGGAAAUUAUAAGGUGUGAUAUUGGAGAAAUACGCCAGGAAGUUCAGCGAGGAUUGGAAGUAAUCCGCUGCAUUGGCAGUCAUGGUCUCCAUCCUAGUAUUUUAGUCCAGCUGGCUAGAAUUUUCCAACACCGCUGUAAGUUAUUAAAAGACAAAGAUAGCAAUGACUUGCCCUUUAUUCAAGCAAGAUGCGAGCUUUAUUGGUCCGCCGCAGUUCCUUUGUUGGAAAGAUUGCUCAAUAAUCAGCAAAUCCGGAUGAUUAACACCCGAAUUUUUGACUACCAAGGCAAAGAAAUGAACAAUGUAGAACUCAGCAACUCCUUAGAAGAAGGCAGAUUAUUAGUUGCGUGCAAAUACAUUAGGGAUAGAAAUUACGAGCAAGCUAGUGACAUUCUUACGUCGCUAAAGUGUCCUGAAGCUUCCUUCCAUCAAGGAGAAAUUUACAAAAAACUUGCUGAUGAAUUAAUUGAAUCCUUACCUAAAGAGAGUAUCACCUCCUCAAUUAGAUCUCAGUACAAUAUAAUGCUAACGAAAGCUAGAAAUUGCUUUUACUUAACACUAGACCGCUUGCGCAGUCCAGGAAUAAAUCCUAACCACCCCUUAAACGCGGAGUUAGGGAGUAGGUUAGCGAGUAUUGAAGACGAAUUGUGGAGAAAUGAUGCUAAGAAUGACGGAGAUAAUGGAUCCGAUGAAAGUUACUCAUCUGCUCACAGUAUUACCGAACAAUUAGCUAAUUCUACGAUUAACCCCAGCACUAUUACUCCCCGCCGUAAUCAUAGAACCCCUAAAUUAUCUAGCACACCCCGUCAAUACCCCAACAGUGAAUUAGAUAUCACUCGCAGCAGAAUUCAGAUGGAAGCCCGGCCAAGUCCGGAGCGCCUUGAUGCUCAAAUUAGGCAACUGCUUUACACUAAAGACAACAUUCUGCACAGUGUCAUGGACCAGCAGAAGACUCUUUUGGAGUCUAAUAAGGCUUUAACUGAGUCUAAUAGACAGUUACAGUCAAUUGUUGAAGAGCUGAGGAAGGAAAUGGCUGAGUUUAGACUCGAAGCUAAAAAGCCUAAAAGAACUGCUAGUGCUAAUCAGUAUGAUGAUGAUCCUUACAACUAUGAGGAAGAUUACAGUGAUGUAAGUUAUGGCGUUCAAAGUAACAUAACUCAGCCGACUCAGCCAAUUCAGCCAAUCCAACCGACUUUACCUAUUCAGCCAAACGUUUAUCAGCCACGUUAUCCAUACUCGCCUUAUAACCAGCUUAAUUAUUACUCAGGAUUGCCAUAUAGUGACCUAAACCUCCCACAAUUCUUCCCUCCGAGGUACCCACUAGGUCUCUAUCCCCCAGACCGCAAUCUUGUACCCAAAGUCCCGGAUAUGAUCCAACAAGGCAUGAUCCAGCCGAACUUAUUCAACCCACUGCUAAACCAAUUCAAUGAUACAAUUGUCCCGGUCUCUCCCCAACAAAUACCAGUUCCACAACUUAGCACGGACUUGCCCAGUAAUAUUUUAGCUCCUAAAGAUACUGCCACUAUAAAAAAUGCCCCAGUAAACAAAGAGCCACCUGUUAAUGUAACUAUUACCAGUUCUGAUAUUGUACCCACUAGCGCUCCGUUUGUUCAACCAACUUUGAGUAUUGUAAUUCCUCCCCAGCAUCGAAAAGUCACUACUGUUGCUAAUACUAAUGCUAAUGCUAACUCACAAGUAACUAGUACCCCGCAUAAUUACCAGAUUUUAAUGCCAACAGGCGCUAAAAUCCCAACCUCUUCAAAUCUAUCGUCCAUUUUCAGCAACUCUGUCUUUAAUAGCAGUACAGAUAAAAUUAAUGAAAGGAACACUAGUGUGGUAUCAACUGGCUCUCAUAACAGUUCAAUUGAAGCUGUAGAAGUAGAACAUGACCCUAUCCCAGACUUCCAACCGAUAAUUCCGCUUCCAGCGGAAGUUAAAGUAACCACCGGUGAGGAAGAUGAACAAACGCUAUUUUGCGCUAGGGCAAAAUUAUUUAGGUUUUUUGAGAAAGAAUGGAAGGAUAGAGGGGUUGGGAAUGUUAAACUUUUGAGAAACAAAGAGGGAAAAGUGCGCUUGUUGAUGAGAAGAGAGCAAGUCUUGAAGAUUUGUGCUAAUCAUUUACUUUCUCCUGAUAUGGAGCUUAAGGCUAUGCCGAAUAAUGAUAAAGCUUGGACCUGGGCGGCUAAUGAUUACGCUGAUGAGGAGGUUAGGUUGGAGAAACUUUGUAUUAAGUUUAAGUUAGUUGAGGAAGCUCAGUUGUUUAAGGAAGCGUUUGAUAAAGCUAAACAAUCUGUUCCUGUUUCUCCACCGAAAAAUAAAGAGUUGGGUAAAAAUGAUUUGUCUAAAGAAAUUGGCAAUGAUUCUCCGGCAGAUGGCAAUAAGUCUUCAAUUAUGGUUGGAGGAUUUUCAUUUUCUUCUACCCCAGUUAUUCAAUCAACUAUAGCUAGUGAUAAUAAUAAAUUGAAACAAGAAGAAUCAUCAAAGCCUAGUCCAUUUGCUGGAUUUUCAUUUAGUAAAAGUGAACCAACUGUUCCAAGUGGAUUUAGUUUUAAUAAAAAUAUAUCGGAAGCUGAUAUUUCCAGUACUAAACCUGCCUUGCGAAAGCCUCAGCAAGCUCCCAAUUCUGUCCCAACAACAACUAGCUCUAAAAUUACUGGGGUGAUAAAUGACGACAAUGAAGCUGUAUUAUUUAACAAAAAUGUAAGCUUAAUGCGCAGCUCUGGUGAAUCUGGACAGUGGAAGGACCGUGGAACAGGUUCCUUGAUGCUCUUAUUAAAUGAAAAGUCGCACAAAUUGCGUAUAUUGAUGCGAAAGUCAGACACUCAAAAAUUGUGCAUCAACCAGACUUUAACGAACAAUUUUGUAGUGAUGAAUCUAAGCGGAGCUUCCAAUGUAAUUUGCUGGGCAUCAACUGAGUCAAAUAAAUCAGGAAAACAUGAAACUUACGCAGUGUCUUUUAAAGAUGCAGCUGAGGCUGAGGAAUUUAGUGAUAAGAUUCAUCGCUUGGUCAAGUUGAUGGUCAACAAUUCAAAUGAAAUCCCUGGGGAAUAUAUUUCUAAAACUGGGAAGAUUGUGAAGAUAAUUGAGGGUACUAGUGGCGCUAAAGAAGUUUCUAAGUCGCUGUCUGAAAUGUUUAAACCAGCUGUUGGUUCUUGGGAGUGUGCUAGUUGUUAUACUAGAAAUAAUGCGGGGGUUGGGCAAUGUGUAGCUUGUUCUGCUCCAUCAGAACCUCAGAAGCCAGUCACUGAAAUUAAGCAACCAGUUUCAGCACAAAUUGUUAAUUCUAAUUCUAAUCAAUCAUUUGGUGGAUUAUUCAAACCACAACCUGAUACUUGGGAAUGUAAAAUGUGUUAUAUCCGCAAUUCUAAGUCAGAUUAUUACUGCGUAGCUUGUGAUAGUCCAGUUGAUCCUUCAAUGCCUGAAAAACCAAAACCAAAUGACACAUUAAGCUCCGCACCUGGACAAACAUUUACUUUUGGAAUUCCAAAAGGAACAACAGCAGGACAAUCAGCAAGUUUGUUCACAGAUAUGCUAAAAACCCAAAAAGAAUCAACAACAACAACAACAGGAUUUUCAUUUGGCUUCAACCAACCUUCUAAAGAAGGUUUAGGUAGCUUCACAUUUAAAGCACCAGGCACUGAUGCUCCAGGAGAAAGCAAGCCUUUAGACUUCAGUGGAUUUGGCCAAAAAUCAGAAAAAGAUUUUGGGUUUGGAACAAAGAAACUUGAACCUCCAGCAAACACCUUUGCAUUUGGCUCCCCUGGAAAGUCAUUUGACUUCCAAUUCUCCAAAUCUCCUGUAAAAUCCCCCGGAGCUGGAGAUGUGAGUGAAGACGAGGUUGCUGAAAGCGAGGAUGUUUACUUUACACCGGUAAUACCGCUGCCUGAUAAGAUUGACGUGAAAACUGGGGAAGAAGAUGAAGAGGUUCUUUACUGCCAUCGUGCUAAGUUGUUUAGAUACGACGCUAAGACUAAGGAAUGGAAAGAACGUGGGUUAGGUGAUCUUAAGAUACUUAAGAAUGAUAAGAGUAAUAAGACUAGGUUUGUGAUGCGGCGAGAACAGACUCUUAAGUUGUGUCUUAAUCAUUUUGUGACGGAAGACUUGGAGAUUAGUAAGAAAGAUGAUAAAACUUGGAUGUGGCACGCGGCUGAUUAUAGCGAUGGAGAAAUUGAGUAUGCUCAGUUUGCGUGUAGGUUUAAGACGCCGGAAAUUGCGGGGGAGUUUAAGGAAGCUGCUGAUUUGGCUAUUGCUAAUUUGGUAAGUGAUUCUGUUAAGGAAUUUGAAUCUUCAGCCCAAAAAUCAGUCCAGAAAUCAGACCAAAAAUCAGCUGUUAAUGAAAUUCAAGUAGUUUAUGAGCGUAAAGUUACAGAAGAAGAAAAAAACGCAGCUUUGAAAUUACAAUUACCGGAAAACUUUUAUGCUUAUAAGCAAAAAGAAGAUUGUCAAGGAUGUCGAGGAUGUAAAGAAGAUAUUUCUUUGUUUGAAAGUGAAAAAACUCAAUCAGAAGCUGAUAAAUCAGCCGCAACGCCUCUAAAUAUUAAAUUAGCUCCACCCAAAUUAAGCCCUUCACCUUUAAAAGCUCCUACAUCUGCUCCAACAACUACCUCAAUGAAUUUCGGAGCAACAUUUUCAUUUGGCACUUCAGCACCUUCUUUUGGAGCAACUCCAGUAUUUGGUGGCGCCACUAAUGAUAAGGAUAAAAAAACAAGCUUUAGUUUCGGAAGUUUUUCCGAAUCUUCUGCAGAAAAAUCACCUAAUUUAUUUGGCGGGAAAACUAUUUGCAGUCCUUCAUCUGUGAAUUUUGGCAAAAGCCAGGCUUUUAAUAAGACUUUUGGAGAAACACAAACUCCUGGGUGGACUUUCGGAUCUUCUGGGUCUAAUAAUUCCAUAUUUGGUGGAGCUAGUGCCAAACCUGAAGCCAAUCUAUCCUUUUCCAGUUUUGGAACUAAUUCUGUUGGAUCUAAACCUGAACCUAUCUUCGGAUCAAUUGCUAAUGAUUCAAGCCCAGUAUCUUUUGGCAGCUUGGCUAAAUCAGUAACUAGCACUAGCACACCUCCAACAACCACACCAACAACUACUAGUUCAGUUUUUGGAUUCUCUUCAACUCCAUCAACAAUCUUUGGAAGUUCAAUUUUUGGCGGGAAAGUCUUUGAAUCAGCUAACAUGACUUUUGGUUCAGCAAAUACUGACACUAAGGUAACUUCUGCAGAAGUUGCACAAAAAACUGAAGGAUCUAACGCGUUUUUGAACACAGAUAACAUUGCAACCUUUUCGAGUUUAGCUUCUAAUGCAGAUCAGCCUAUAAGCUUUAAAACAGACCCUAAUUUCUCUUUUGCUGGAGCUGGACAGUCCCUAUUUGGUGCCAAACCUUCUCCUCCGGGUAAAGUAGAGAAAGCUUUGACAACAGAUGAUAAAGAAGAGGAUGAUAAGGAAGAAAAUGAUGAAGGGCAAGAGUAUGAUCCUCAUUACGAGCCGAUAAUUCCUUUGCCAGAUGCAAUUGAAGUCUGGACUGGAGAAGAGGAAGAAGAGAAAUUGUUCAGCCAGCGUGCUAAAUUGUACAGAUAUGAAACGGAGACCAAAGAGUGGAAGGAAAGAGGUGUUGGUGAUAUGAAACUGCUUUACCAUAGUGAGAAAGGGACUUACCGACUGCUGCUAAGGAGGGAACAGAUACACAAAAUUGUCUGUAAUUUUUCUAUAUCGCCAGAAUUAGAGUUCCAACCUUUGAAGACUUCGGACAGAAGUUUGAUGUGGGUGGGAAUGAAUUUUAUAGAAGGGGAGCUUGUUUUAGAGAAAUUGGCGGUGAGAUUUAAGAAUCCGCAGAUUGCGAAGGAGUUUAAGGAAGCGGUGGAAAAUGCGCAGAAGAAUUUGAGGGAGAGACCGAGGAAUAAUGAGUAUCAGGAGUAUCAGGUGGAGGAUGAUGAGGAGGAUAAUGAAGAUGAUGAUGAACACUCGAUGAUGUUUGAACGGGAUGCUAGGUUGUUUUAUUUGGAUGGUGGGGAUUGGCAUCCUAUGGCUGAUGGGAUGGUUAAAAUGUUUUAUGACUCGGAUUUGUAUGGAGCGAGGAUCAUUUUUGAGACGGGAUCUGCAGAGCUGAUUUGUAAUUGUGUUAUUACUGUUGAAACGGAAAUGCAGGUCGACAAAAACGAAUGCAUAUGGACUGCAAUCGAUGAUGCAUUCGAACCAUCGGUACAACGUACUCUCAAAGCUCAAUUUUCAAACGAAGACUCGGCAGAAGAAAUGUUCAUGAACUUCCAUGACGGUCAAGACUAUGCUCGUCAAGCUCAUAUUACUAAUGUCGGUGAUUAUUCAUCGGGUAGAUAAUAUCAUUUUUCUUCUAUCACUUCUAUUAUUUAAAACCAAAAUUUUUUUUAACUGCAUCACAA